AAAGGACGUUCGACUUCCGGUGCAGUUGCAACGAGCCAUGGCCACGGAGGCAGAGGCCACAAGAGAGGCUCGGGCCAAAGUGAUUGCAGCGGAAGGGGAGAUGCUGGCUUCCCGUGCUCUGAAAGAGGCCAGUGAUGUCAUUUCCAUGAGUCCAGCUGCUCUUCAGCUGCGAUAUCUACAAACGCUGAGCAAUAUAUCCGCGGAGAAGAACUCGACCAUCAUCUUCCCCUUGCCAGUGGAAUUACUGGCUCCGUUCUUCAACAACAGCCUGCACGCGAACGGGAAUCAAGAAGCCGUCGAAACAUCGUCGGAGCAACUUGGCUCGAAGCGGCUGAAGGCUCGGCCAGACAUUCAU